GAACGUUGUACUUGGCAUCAAGAGGUAAGAAUUUUGAAUGUUUCAAACCUGAAAAAUCGGGAAUAAAGAAAUAAUAUAAACAUUCUGUUGAUUAUAUUUUAUUCCACCUUCUCAUCGCAGUCGGAAUCAGAGUUCCGCUAGGUUGGUUUGUUUGUUUUGUUAUUUUUUCCCAUUUGUGUGGUUUGACGGUCCCUCAGUUUUUCCAGUAAAAUCUUAUAGCUUCUCACAUUAUGUUUGUUGCCGCUUCAAUGAUCACUUUACAGACGGAGAUAAAAUUACCGUCCAGUUUUGCAGGGAAGGACACCAUAUGUAUAUAAUUGGGCGCUGGCAUUUGUCAGAAUCCUUUGAACUCUUUCAAAUUGAUUUCUGAACAGUUCUUAGAAAAAACAGUAUUAUGCAAAAGUUUUCUCAAAGAGGUUUCAUCUCUUUGAAUGUUAACACGUUACGAAUUCGUCAACAGAUGAAAAAGAAUUAGAGCUACCAAGAAUUCCAUAAUAACGUAGUCUAGAAAUUAAUGAGGAUUAUUGAGAUUGCUGUUGAUCAAUCACUCAGUUAUUGCGUGUGUUUGUUAUUUCAUACCAACUGCUUUGUUUUACAGGUCGUCGAAAAAGCUAUAAAUGUGUUAAAAAAAACUGCCGGGGAGGAUUUUCGAAUUGUGAUCAGUCUCGGUGUCAGGGAACGUGUACAGGAAGAAAACCCAUAUGUUGCUGCAAAGAGGGGGCAGGAGGUACGUUUAAUCUAGUUUCCUAAAACUUUGUCAGAAUGUUGGGAAUCGUUCAAAUCUAAAUUCGGGUUGAGUAGGUGGGUUUUUGUAUCAAUUGUCUCUUUGGGUGCAGAUUCGAAAAAGUACACGUCGUAAGCGAAUUUCUUGUAAAAAUAUGAGGCCUGCCACGUUUGGGUUUUAAUUACGACCAACGGCUCCAAAUUAAGAACCUGAGAUUAACUAUUGGACUUUUAUUUCGCAAUGAAAUGCACCUUAGCUACAGCCCUGGCCUGUAAGCUUGUACCACUGUACAUCUGUAAGAUUGCUUUGUCGUUUCUACUGGUCUAAAACUUUCUUGCGAAGCCCCGGAAUUGAAAACUGAAGAGGAAGGCAAGUCAAAAACACUGACUCACAAACCACACCAUAACUUGUAGCAAAAUAAGAGCAAGUAGUUCCUCUCCAAGUCUAGAAGUUUUCCAAGUGAGUGUGAAAAAUAGCUUGGUCUUGUCUUUUCUUUAAAUGGGAGCCAUGCUAAGCCAGAAGUUUUCGUCCCUUGUUAUUUCAAAGCUAAACAGUGGAACUUCACCAAAGGCUUUUAAGAAAAAAUAAUUGACCUGUUUUUAAACUAGUCAGCGGUUUUUAUAAACCGACAGUGUACUUAAUUUUUAGACGUAUUGUACAUCGUUGAAUUUUAGACAUUUAUUAUAGUACAAAUAGAAUUUUCACAUAUAUUUCCAUUUCUAAUACCCUUUAUCCCUUUUUAUUUAACAAUUAUUCCGCAAGUGCGCGUUCGAUAAGAGAUGGUAGCUAGGUAGCCAUAAUCGGCUAUAAUACUCUCGUAUCCAACAAGUGCGAAGUUUGGAAAGGUGCCUUGUACUACAUAAUGAACGCGGGUUUGGAUAUGCAGUGACGGUGAAUUACACAACGAGAUUUUGUUAUGUUCACUUGGAGUACGUAAGCCCACUUUUCUAUGUACUCGAGUCUGUCAGCUCCUUCAUAGACUCUUUUGUUUUUUUUUUUAGGUAACAAUGAACCUUAUUGUGCGAAAAAGAAAAAGGGUUGCAGACAUGGAUUUGAGCAGUGUCCUCCUCAGUCAUCGGAAUGUGGAAAGUGCAAAAAGAAACAAAUAUGUUGCUGCAAGGAAGGGGAUGGUGGAGGCGGUGGCGGUGGCGGAGGUAAGCCACAUAGCCUGAGUAACUGGCGUUCCUAAGGGGCUAGGGGAGAGGACCCCAAAAAUUUUGCAUAACCAUUGUAUCCAACUUCUCCAGGGUAUUACAGUCGGCAAUGCAUGGUUAUGCAAAAGUUUUGGGGGGAGGGAGGGGUGCGUAAAUAAGGUGCAUUAUGGUACAUGAAAAAUGUUGAAUGCGCGGACAAAUUUUCAAAUACUGAUUUGGGCUAUUGUUUAAGACAAUGGAAAGCUUAAUAAACUGCAUAAACACCAAGCAGGCAAAUUUUCACUGUCUGUGUUUGGUUCUGUAAGUUUCGCAGCUGUUGUGGUGCUUCCGAAAAAAAUGGCCUAAUUUUACCUAAAAUGCUUUUCCUUUCUAACUUUCUAUGUAUUUAGCAUCUUUAAAAUGUUUAAGAAAAAUUUAAAGUAAAUAAGUAAAAUUUCAAAAGGCACUUCUUGAACCUUCAUCAAAACAUAGCCUCGCUUAGCCAUGUUAAUAAUAAUAAUAAUAAUAAUAAUAAUAAUUAAAAUACUUCUAUAGCGCUACAAAAAAAAUGAUCAGUAGCGCUCUCUAAUAAUGCACUCAGUUAAAAAUCUAUUCUAAAAUGAUAUGAAUACAAAAUGCAAAAUGUAAAAUACAAUUGAAUAAAAAAAAUAAUUAGAUCAGAUAAGCUUAAAAAAAGGGCCCAAAUGAACUUCUAGUCUAACCUGUCCGAAAAAGGUGGGUCUUAACUUUGCGUUUAAAAUAGUUAAUGAUUGAAUAUCGCGCAAUUCAGCGGGCAAACUAUUCCACAAACUUGGCGCAGCAGCAUAUGCAGCAGCAGCUGGUGGUUUCAUCUGUGUAGCUGGUGAUUUCGUUGGAAAACGUUGAAAGAUUAAGGCGCACUUCAAUUAAAGCGUACGUUUAGUAACAAAAGGAGCUCCUAGAAGGUCCAUUGUUAAUUAAUGUAAAAUUACACUUGAUGCCCCCUUUAUAAACAGUCCCAUACUACAAAGACGAAAAUUACUGGAAUAAUGUGCGUAAUUAGCCCAUAAUUAUUUUGACGACUUAUUAAGUUUAUCUGCUAAUCAUGAGACCAUCAUCAGCUGCCAUCCUUUAAAACAAAUCCACGGCUGUUGCUCAUGGGUAUGAUUUGAUUCGACCUCGUCUCCAGGGCCCAUUUUCUAAGGUUGCCCCCUGUUGGGGAAUCCGGAAAAUUUUUGCUUGUGAAAUGUGGAAUACAGCUUAGGGAAUCCGGAAUCCCUCUAACAAUUGAAAUCCGGAAUCCAAGUUCCAUUGACCAAGAAGCCGGAAUUUAGCACCUAGAAUUCGGAAUCCACGGCGCGGAAUCCAUAAUCUUAGGGACUGGUCAUUAUUUAUCACCUGGGUGGGAGGGGGGGUGGGAAGGAUUUGGGGGGGAUCACUUGACUUUUAGGAGAACAAAAGUGGGGAUCAGUCGUAAAUGAGAACCCAAAAGGGGGGAUCACUGAAAACUUUGGAAGGAUUCAGAGGGGGGACCACUCAAAUUUGCUUGGAAAAUAAAGACAUGGGGACAGGGGGGGGGAAGAUCGUGAAAGUCAUCAAAUGUUAUCAGGGGGAUCACUUCAGUGGAGUAAUAUUCAAAGAGGGGAUUGGCUAAAUUUCACCUUGUUUAGCCCCAAAGCCAGCCCACCCUCCCCCCUCACCCCCAGGCGAUAAAUAAUGACCGGUCCCUAAGACUGCCUUAGACUCGCUUACAUGAGGCGACUAAGGGAAAAGCACUGAGGGCGAGGUUGGAUUUGUUACCUUGUUUUUUCAGUCUCUCUUCAAAGUACGGCCAGCUUGUGUAGAGACGUGACCGUUGUGGGGAGAAAUGGGUACCAAUUUUUGGGAAAAGCUUAGCAGGCGUCGAAAGGGGUAGGGGAUAGGGAAAAAGAAGGGAAAAAGGGAGGGGGGGUGCUUUUCUCCCUCCCCCUCUCCCUCCCCUUUUUGCGCCUGCCACGUAGGCUAGGAAAAGCUGCAAAUUUUGACUCAAAAAUAAUGAAAUAAAUAAAAUAGAUAAACUGUUCAUUAUAGCACGUUCAUACGUAAUAUAAUACGACAGAAAUGUGCCCGUUGAAAAGAAAUCAGAAAAAUCAGAAAAUCAGAGUGAUAGUGUUGUUUUCAAGAUAAAUAUACGGUUAACGUUAUGACUUAACACAGAUUAUUCAUCUCAGUUUUCUUUUCCUGGACCCUAUGAUGUGGCUACUAGCUCGGUCAAAUCCGGCUAGACCCCUUGUAGCGCACACUGUUUGAAUUCAAACGCAUUUUAGCGAUCGGGGUUGGCCGGAAAUGAGGAACUUACGGAAGUGGGAGAAUUUGAGAACCAUAUUGGGCGCUGUCAAUCAUGGCGUAAAAAGAAAUAUUUUAAAAGCAAGUGUAAUGUUGAUGAUACAGGGUCUUCGCCAGAGAAAGUGGGACUCACCUCGCAUAACAACUACCGACAAACUCAUAAAGCCCCUCCAAUGCAGCUUGAUAGUGGUUUGAACAGCGAUGCGAUGCGUUAUGCAAAAAAACUUGCUCAAAAAGGAAGUCUUGAACAUGAUAAAACGACUGACGAGGGUGAGAACUUGGGUUAUCAAUGUCGCCCUGGCAGUGAUGCCGAAUUAGUGGAGGCAGUCGUCGACUCGUGGUGAGUUUCUUUGGUUAAUCAUUUAUUUAUUUAUUUGCAAAGUUUGCCUAAGAGCUUCACGCUCACAGAGAGGACUCAAGCUCGUUUGUAAUGACAGUUAGACUUAUAGAGAAAAACGAAACAGCGAUAACAACAACAACAACAAAUUCAACAAAAACAGAACGACGUACAUAAAAUCAAUCGUUAUUGGCGAAGUCCUUUACUUCCCUACACGUUUUUUUACGCAGCGCGCAAAUUUGUACUUUUCACUAGCUUUACCAUCCCGUUCUAUCCCUGCCGUGAAGGCCUGGAAACAAGUCAUUCUGACCACACCACUCAAAAAUAGAAUAACCGGUAUAAUCAUAGUUAACGCUAAGUUUAGUUCUAAUUACUUUAUCAGAUAUACUCUUUUUUACGUGAGAAUGUUGUUUUUCCGGCCCAGGCUGAAUAUUCUUUCUGCCAAUUUAGGGCUGAAAAUAUUCUUGUAUUUUUCUUAAAUUGUAGUUUAUGAGACUUUACGAUUUAGAAUGUAUUGGGGCCUCAAUUAUAGUUAGUGCAGGUUUUUUGGUUUUGUUGGCUAGUUUUGCCGUUAAGAGAAAGGAAUAUUGAGUUAAAAACAUAUAAUUGUAUUGUAUUUACAGAUUUUCAACACACAAAAUUACAACCUGUUCUAAAUCUUAGCCUCGGGUUUAUCCUUAAAAUUUCGCAAAAUUUCAGCCUCCAUAUUAUUAUAAAAUAAAUCCUUAUAUAAGAAAGAGUGCCGGUAUAAUAUCCAGUUACUUUUAAUUUUCAGGUAUGAUGAGGUUCGUAAGUACAACUUCAACAAACCCGGAUUUUCAUCGGCUACUGGACACUUUACUCAAGUAGUUUGGAAGGCAAGCACAAAGCUUGGUAUUGGAUUUGAAAGAGGAAGAAAUGACUGCCUGUUUGUCGUUGGUCGCUAUAAACCGGCUGGAAACUUUGGAUCCCGGGAUGAUUACGCCGAAAAUGUACUGCCGGGUUGA